AAAAAAAGCGGAAGGAAGGACCCCACGCACCGCGAAGUGAAAGACGCCCGCAGCGUGCGGCCCGCUCUAAGGACGCUGUGGGCGGGACUGCGUCGGGGCGGGGCCAGGCUCGAGCCCAGUCUCUAGAGGCCGGAACGGUGAAGUGCCCGGCAGUGAGCCUACUGGACCUCUGUCCUUGGCUCAGCCGGCCGGACAGCCAAGGUAGGGGGCGCCCGGAAGCUGUCCGCCAGUCGGCAGCAAAACAAGCCAUGGCGGCUGUGGCGCGGCUAUGUGGGAUGCAGGCUCUGCGUCCUCUAAGCCGGCUUUCUUGGAAGACACAGGUCAGAGACACCCACCAGAGAGCUUCAUUGUUGUCCUUCUGGGAACUCAUUCCCAUGAGAGCAGAACCUCUGCGAAAGAAGAAGAAGGUAGAUCCCAAAAAAGAUCAAGCAGCAAAGGACCGUUUGAAAAAGAGGAUCCGAAAACUGGAAAAGGCUAGCCAAGAGUUAAUUCCUAUUGAAGAUUUUAUUACCCCUGUGAGGUUCUUGGAUAAAUCAAGACAACGGCCUCAGGUGGAGCUUCCCUUUGAGGAAAGUGAGCGGAGAGCUCUGCUUCUGAAGAGGUGGUCCCUAUACAAGCAGCAAGAGCAUCAGAUGGAGAGGGAUGCCAUCAGAGCUAUGCUAGAGGCCCAGCAAGAAGCUCUACAGGAACUGAAACUUGAGUCCCUAGAGCUCUACACUGAGGCCAUCAAGCGAAACCUCAGCCUGUUCCCCUUUGAGAGGGAAGGGCCGAAUUACACACCACCAAUCUCUAACUACCAGCCCCCUGAAGGCAGGUACAAUGACAUCACCAAGAUAUACACACAGGUAGAAUUCAAGAGAUAAAGCUCAACACAGCUGUUCUUAAACCAAUCUGCCCCUAGGAGUAUGAGGGCUCUUUUCCACAAGAUUGAACAUGCUGGUAAUAAAUAAAAAU